GACGAAGUGGGUAUGGCGUUUAGCAGCGGGUUGAUAGGAACAAGAACUAAGGCGCCCAGGUAGUAGGGGUUAAUAUGUGUCAAAUGCUUGAUUCGGAGAGGAAGAAAAUCUCGCGUAAAUGACGCAGUGUGGAGCCGAUCGUCGCAUGACCAUGGUGGGGGCAGGUCGAGAUAGACCAGAGAGAGUCCAGAAAUUGCCGCUCAAACGGGGAGGAGGAAAUGUGAUGGUGAUGGAGGAAGGCUGUGAUGGCGAGUCAAGACUGUUGUUGGUUUCAGGUAUUGUCGUGUUGGUGACGAUCGGAGGGGUGACUGCGGCAAUUAAACAAGCAUUAUGCGGUGCAUGUAGGUUAACCUUAACAGAUGUAAUGGAGAAUUACUGUAUAAUAUAUGACAUGUAUUAGUUUUUGAGUGGGAAAAGAUAAGAAAACCACAGCUGUAAUUGACACAAGUACAUGUAUA